UUGUGAGGGACGUUGUAAAACAACAAAGAGAGCGAGUUGUUGUUUCACGCGCGCCACGCCGGUGUCGAUAAAACUUUUCACUCGUCAGUUUUCUUUUUCUGCUCUAUUAAUAACAGUGUUACAGGAAAAUGUCGCUCAAUCUUGGAGACCAGUUUCCAAAUUUUCAAGCAGACACCUCAAUUGGAAAGAUAGACUUCUACGAGUGGCUUGGCGAUUCAUGGGGUAUCCUCUUUUCACAUCCAGCGGAUUUCACACCGGUAUGUACAACAGAGUUGUCCGCCGUAGCAAAGUUGGUUCCGGAAUUCGCAAAGCGCAACGUAAAGCCAAUCGCCCUGUCCUGUGAUUCAACCGAGUCUCACAAACAAUGGAUUACCGACAUCAAAGCAUACGGUAAGCUGGAUGAUUUCAACUAUCCUAUCAUCGAUGACGAGAAGCGUGAGCUAGCAGUAAAAUUAAAUAUGCUUGACAAAGACGAAAUAGGGGCAGCCGGAUUGCCGCUAACAUGUCGUGCUGUCUUCGUUGUCGAUCACAGUAAGAAACUGCGACUGUCUCUGCUGUAUCCCGCUACGACCGGACGUAACUUCACCGAAAUACUUCGGGUCAUCGACUCGAUGCAGUUGACCGACAGAAAGAAGGUAGCAACCCCUGCAGAUUGGGUUCAAGGCCAGGAAUGCAUGGUUCAGCCCAGUGUAAAGGAAGAUGAAUUGGCUAAAUUGUUUCCAAGCGGUGUAACUAAUGUCGAGCUGCCUUCCGGUAAACAGUAUCUACGGAAAACGAAUGUUUAAUAGAUGACUAUUGAUAAGCAUGACUAUGCAUUUCAUUGAGUAAGAUCUUUAAAAGGGCUUUAAUAAAUAUGUACUUAGUAAUUUUGAAAUUUAAUAACAAUGAUUAUACCAUAAACAUGCAUUAAAAGCUCGAGGUCAUCUAUUAUUCUCCAUUAAGCUAAAAAUCAAAUUUUUUUUAUUCAUGUUCUGUAAAAGCUGUCUGACUUGAAUCAAUUAUAAUAUACC